UUUCACCCCUCUCCCCAACUUGGAUGGAUGAUAGAGCAUCUUGGAGCAGUUUAACCCUGCCCUGGAGAACCUGGUCUACCUGGGCAAUAACUACUUACGUGCUUUCCAUGCACUGUCUGAGGCGGCUGAAGUCUAUUUCAAGGCAAUACAGAAGAUUGGGGAGCAAGCCCUGCAGAGCUCCACCUCGCAAAUGCUGGGUCAAAUCUUGAUGCAGAUGUCUGACACUCACAGGCAUAUGAACUCUGACCUGGAAGUAGUGGCUCAGACGUUCCACGGAGACCUGCUGCAGCACAUGGAGAAAAACACCAAGCUGGACAUGCAGUUCAUCAACGACAGCCAUCAGCGGUAUGAACUGGAGUACCGGCACAGGGCUGCCAACCUGGAGAAGUGCAUGUCGGAGCUGUGGAGGAUGGAGAGGACUCGAGACAAAAACGUCUGGGAAAUGAAGGAGAACGUGAGGCGCUUGCAAUCGGAAAUGCAGGCAUUUGUGUCUGAGAGCCAGAGGGCUGCAGAGCUGGAGGAGAAGCGUCGCUACCGCUUCCUGGCUGAAAAGCACCAGCUGCUCUCCAGCACCUUCCUCCAGGUCUACAGCAGGGCCUGGGGCAUCAUCCAGAGCAAGGUGCCAAAGUGGAAGGAGCAAUUGGAGGCCAGCCGCAAUCCAAGCAGCAGACACUCCCCGAGCCUGUUCAGUGCCUCCCAUGGCCAGGGGUAUCCGUCAGGCCGCCUGACCCCCAGCCACCUCGAUAUGCCUCAGAGGCCUCUGGGAGAUUUUGGCUCAGCCAUGACUGGACGUAAUUCAAGCCCCUUCCUCCAGGAGCCUGCAGAACUUCUUAGACCCUCUCCUCAGCCAGAACCAACCAGGAGAGGCCUGCAGAAGACUUCAUCUGCUGGCUCGCUCUCUGCCGGCCAGCGCUCGCGCUCCAGCUCCUUCGGGGAGCGGGCAGGAGGAGACGCAGGAGGAGGCGGCAGCGUGUUGAGAGUCCAGGCAAUCGUGCCCCACUCUGCUGGCGCCAACCGCACCUUGCUAGGGUUCAACUUCGGGGACGUCAUCACGGUGCUGAUCCCAGAGGCGCAGAACGGCUGGCUGUACGGCAAGCUAGAGGGAUCAUCCACGAGCGGCUGGUUCCCAGAAGCUUUCAUAAAGCCCCUGAGGGGAGUAAGAGACCCGGAGGAACCACCCACCAGGUCCUUCCCGCUGCGGAGCAGUCACAGCAUGGAUGGCCUGGAUUGCCCCAGUGUCCCGUCAGCAGGAAAUUACCGACACAAUGCUGCCCUGCCUCAGGCACCAAGCCCUUCUCCAGCCUCACUUGGUGCUGGCAGCCGCCGGAGCAGCUUGGCUAGCGCUGCCGCUUCUUCAGAUUCCAAGAAGUCAGCUGUGCAGGAGCAGCCCCCAGAGCUCUUCCCCCGCGGCACCAACCCGUUUGCCACGGUAAAGCUGCGCCCCACCGUCACCAACGACCGGUCAGCACCCAUCAUCCGGUGAAAGGGGGCCGUGGAGAGCAGCGGAUUCUGGGGGGUUGACAGCAGCACAGGUGGUAGAAACGCAUAGUCCUUUCCCAUUCCUGGGCCACUGUGAUCUUGGGUUGGCGCUAACCUAGUGCACUUUCUCAGGGCGCGCCUCAGUCUUACUCCCUGUAUCUGGCGCACUCCAGCAGUAAAUAGAUUCCCUGGUUUUCUUUGGCAUUCUCUUUGGAUUGACGUGUGUGAUGCUGGUCACGCUGAGUGGAAGGUGUCCCCAGGAUACUGGUGCUGGUAGCAUGGGCAGGGAGUUGCUUAUACCUAAGCACUGGGAGCUGGAGGAGGGCCCAUCUCUCAUUGGUCUGUGCACCUGCACUGCAUGGGGAGAUAUUGACAGGGGAAAAGGAGAACCCUACCCAGCCCCUACUCUCUGUUGUAAAGCCAGUGACGGUUAUUUGGCCACUGAGCAGAUUCCUGACCUACGUUUGGGGUUAGGUCCCUGCAUGAUGGAUCAGACAGUAACUGCAAGGCAGGGGUCUUCUCCUCUCAGCUCCUCGCCCCAGGGCCUUGGGCAACUGGCCACUGAGUUUCAAAGAGCUUUGUGGGGAGGAUGCCUGCCCGUUCGCAGUGCCUUCUCCUCCACCCUUUCGUUUGGUAGCCCCAGGGUUGGAUUAAGAUGGGAGGGGAAACCCAGCUGCGCAGCCUUGUGUUUGAUUCUGUACAUAAUAACAAUAAUAUAUUUUUAAAAUAAAA